AUGGGAGCUGGCUACUCCAUGAUGAAUGACCUCACGAUCAUGCAAGCAACACAGGGUCUGGUGAAGUACCUUAUAGCGACGGUUCCGAAUGUCAAGAAGAACGGUGUUGUGGUGGGAUACGAUGCCAGACACAACAGCCAGAAAUGGAGUGAGCUGGUAGCAACCAUAUGUAUCAACGAAGGUGUGCCAGUCUACAAGUACUCUAAGAUCUGUCCUACACCAUAUGUGCCGUAUGCUGUGGUGCACUAUGGAGCUUCAUGUGGGAUCAUGAUCACUGCCUCUCACAACCCAAAGGAAGACAAUGGCUAUAAAAUAUACUGGACAAAUGGAGCUCAGAUCAUUCCUCCGAUCGACAAAGGUAUUGCGACGUCCAUCAGAGAACAUCUUGAGCCUUUCCCCACGACCUGGAAUACAUCCUGUGUCGCUGACAGCAAGCUGUUGAGGGAUCCCUACGAUAAGAUAUUUGAUCUGUACAACAAAGAUCUCCAUCAUCUCUGUCACUUCAGAGAUCAGAAUCUGUCCUCCAAAGUGACCUUCACCUAUACUGCCAUGCAUGGUGUGGGGUACAAGUUCACGUGCGAGUUUUUGCAGAGGUUCGGCUUUCCUCUUCCUGUACCAGUCAAAGAACAGGUGGUGCCAGAUCCUGAGUUCCCCACAGUGAAAUACCCCAACCCAGAGGAGGGCAAGGGAGCACUGAAAUUGUCAAUGCAGACGGCAGAUGCUAAUGGAAGCGUGGUAAUCCUGGCCAAUGACCCUGACGCAGACAGACUGGCAGUAGCUGAGAAACAGCCGAGUGGUGAGUGGAGGAUCUUCACUGGGAAUGAGAUUGGGGCCCUGUUGGGGUGGUGGAGUCUCUUCACCUUCAGAAAAAGUCGCCCAGAUGUCAAAGACAGUGAUAUUUGUAUGGUGGCCAGCACAGUUUCCUCCAAGAUCCUGCAGACCAUUGCCAAGAAGGAAGGGUGUAUCUUUGAUGAGACUUCGACGGGCUUCAAGUGGAUUGCUAACAAGGCUUGUGAUAGACAGAAUGAUGGGAAACAUGUCAUCUUUGCAUUUGAAGAGGCCAUUGGGUUCAUGUGCGGCACCAAGGUUCUGGACAAAGAUGGAGUGAGUGCAGCAGCAGUGAUGGCAGAGAUGGCAACAUUCCUGUACAACGGCAACUCAACUCUGGCUAAACAGCUGGAAGAGAUAUUCAACAAAUACGGUUAUCACUUGUCACGAAACUCCUACUUCCGGUGUGAUGACCCAGCCAUUACUGCCAAGAUGUUUCAGAAUCUCCGUAACUUCGAUGGUCCAGGAAAGUAUCCAUCAAGUUGUGGCCCUUACAAGAUCAAAUAUGUUCGAGAUCUGACAGGCAAAGGCUACGACAACAGCCAGCCAGAUAAUGUUCCAAUUCUACCUACAAGCAAGUCCUCAGAGAUGAUCACAUUCACAUUUGAAAAUGGCUGUGUGGCUACCCUGCGGACAAGCGGCACCGAACCCAAAAUCAAGUACUACACUGAACACAAGCCAGACCCCACUAAAGGAAUGGACCGAGAAGAAACAGAAAAGGAGUUGAACGACAUGGUCCACUGUAUCGAGACUCAUUUCUUGCAGCCAGAGACGUUCGGACUUAUUCCACGACCUACCAGCUGAAUGAUGUGAGUGUCACAUCCAUCCAACUGUCUCCUACUACUAAACCACAGGCGCACAUAGCUUCAAGCACCCGUGCAAUGGCCCCAGAAUACUCCCAGCUACUAGUAGCUAGCUUUUGUUACAUGUAGUGUCAAACCUUUUAUAUGUUAUACUCUUUUACUCACUCACUCAGCAUGGAAGCUUUUUUGAGCUUACCUACAAGAUAUUUUGAGCUUGUUUGAGAAUAAUUUAAUUAAUUGUUUAGAUGUUAAUUCCUUAUUUGGUAUAAAUGUAAAUGAACAGGAUAAGUUGGAAGGCUAAUAUGGAUUAAGGGUAUUUAUCUUGUGAGAAUAGUGGUACAAUCCCCCUUUAUAAUCGAGCAUGCACUGAGAGAAGUUGAUCUGUGACUACAGUAUCUACUUCUAGAGGGAGAUUUGCGUUAGAAAUUGGCACUAGUCCUGUAGUCCUUGCUAAACUUCCCAAUAGUUAAGGUAUCAUAAAGACUAGUAACAAUUUGCCAUUACUAAGGGUUUUGUUAUAUGUUAUCAUUAUAAGGACUAGUGGACUAAAACAGUUAGUUUCUAUAUGAUAUGGAUGGAUCAAAUCUGAGUAGAGAUGAAAAAGAAAAUCAUUCUCCAUAUAUAUUCAAAUACCUCAAUGCCAAAAAGUCCUGUGUUACCUAUUUGUCCUUAACCUGUUUGUUUAGAGUCCCAUGUUGAUUCACAUCUGCAAUAAUCAUUACCCUUGUCUCAUGCUAUAGAAGCAUAUAAUACCUAAUCAUGAUAAUGGCAACAUCUUUUGUUAAAGGAGUGUGACAAGGAACCUGUGAUUAUAUACACAUGACAUAAUGGGAAGUUUUGGUUUUAUAUCUGACAUGUACCAGGCAAAACAUGCCUUUAACUCUGUUUGAAGCUGAUCCAGACAGGUUUUAGCAACGACCUCUGACUAUGGAUGAAACCUCGGUUCAUUACUUCCAGCCUGAGUGCAAACAAAAAUCCAACCAAUAGAACCAUUUGACAUAACCACCACAAAAGAAGGCAAAGUCUGUCCCAUCAUCUGGAGCUUAUGGCCUCCAUGUUCUGUGAUGCUGAGGGGGUCAUCAUGAUGGAUUAUCUUCCAAAAGGCCAGACAAAACUUCUGAGGUUGUUAUUGUUACUGGUGUUUUAGUGUCAUUUUGUUAUGUUGACAUCUCAUAUUUGAAUUCUAAAACUGAACUUGAAGUAUGGAUUGAUUCCCUAAAAUUGGAAAUUUUUGACAAAGUCGAAAGUGCUACUGAACAUGUGGUGUCAUAACACAAAGAGAACACACCAUUGCUUAAAAAUGAAGUUGCUAAACUCAAAAAGAACCACAGGAAAACACAGAGAGAACCCUAAGACACUUUAUUGUCAAAUCAAUCAAUUUUAGUGAAGACCAUCUUCCCAAGGCAAGGGAGUUAACUGACUAUUAAAGUUGACGACCUUGCCUUGCCUUGAAGACGGACUACAGGCUACCCAAUUUGGAAUACCAAUGUCAACACAAACCUACAGCCCCACCAAGUAGUAUUGCUACAUUUAUUCACAUGUCCAACAGAGAUGCGGUGUUUUGAGCCAAAAGGUCCUUGAAAGGUAUGUCAUGUGGCAUUCACACAGUUGUUUCCGCCUCGUAUGAGGAAGCACAGGUUGAACCUCACAGACAAGCUCACCUCGCUCUUGAAGAUAAGUAACUUUGGGCUAGGGUGUGAGUGAUUGGGACAGAGGUCAUCUUGGAAAGAAGGGAUCCGCUAUUCC